AUGAUGAAAAUCUUAUUGUAUUUAAUAUCAUUUAUCUUAUUUUAUUAUUUGGGAGAAUGUGCACAACCAUAUUUUCCUCUUCAAAUUGUUUUUUCUAUUGAUAAUGAUCAAACAAUAAUUGCAAUUGAUGAAAUAAAUCAACGUGCUUAUCAAUCAGUUACUUAUAGUUUUUCUCCAGUACCACAAAUAUCUUAUGCUUUGCAACAUUUUCCAUACGCAACUCCCGAUUCUCCUCAAUCAAAAUAUUAUGUUCAGUUAUUAUUAGGUUAUUCAUCACUCGAAUCUUGUGUGUAUACAACAUAUUGGAAAUAUGGUGGAAAUUAUUUUAAUGUAUUUCCGUCACAUUGGCUUAAUGGAAAUUCAUUUGAAAUAAAAAACUAUCUUAAUUUUACUUAUACAAUGAUCUAUUCAAACAAUUCUUCUCCAGAUGAAGAUUAUUGGUAUGCAAAUGAAAAAUGUGAAAUUCAGGAUGGAAGCAAACCUCCAUGUCAAGAAAUUUAUUUUAAAAAAAAUACAGAAAUUCCUCUACAAUUAACUCAAGUUGUUUAUCGAGGAUUUAGAUUUAUACAAACAACAACAAAUUAUAAGAUAAUUUCAAUGGGAAAACCAGAUGAGAAAUAUUUUAAUUCAAUUCCCAAGAAUUGGUCUACAGCUUGUGAAGAUCUUGAUCUCGGACUUUCAUAUUAUCCAGAAUUUGCAACAGUGAGAUUACAUCAAAGUGCAGAAUUUCAUGUUUCCCUUUCUACUCCACCACAUCGAAUUGAUGGAAAUGGAACUGUUCGUGUUCAAUGGAAUACAACUGAAUGUAUUGAUUGUUUUACAUUAUCACCAAAAGAAUUUACUUUUAAUAUUAAUAAUUUUCAAGAAAAACAAAUAUUAACAAUAACUCGUAUUAAAAAUGCACCUAAAACACUUCUUAUUCCAAUUUUAUAUGGUGAAGGUUUCGAUCUUAUUCCACCACAAAGGUUUCCCAUUUAUAUUGAUUAA